AUGCAGUCACCACCUGUCACCCCAAAGCGAAAGCGUCGUGGUUCUGACGAUGACCACGUUGAAGGGCCGAGAUCCGUCCCGGGGUCUGCACAGAAGAAGGCGAAAGUGACUCCCCAGACACCUUCCAAAGCGGCUUUGGCCAAGGCCGAGGCCGCGAGAAAGAGGGAAUGGAAGGCGGCUUGGAACGAAUAUGUCGAGUCUUCCUGCUGGGAGAAAGACGACACUUACCGGCAGAAGGUUAACACCUUUGAAAUCCAUCGGUCUGACGCAAUGCAAUUCUAUCGGCUGAAAGCUCCCGAGAUGGAUACUCUCCCUUACUGGGAGUUCGAGAACAAGAACUAUCCCUCUCAUCCUGGGCGGUCAUAUUCCCACGAAGGUGUUCUCAUGCUUGCCAGUCGUAAACAUGCUAUGCUUGCGGGGUUGCACGAGAAAGGGCUCCGCGAGCACGAGCUCCUUCGGCAAGGGAAGGCGCUGUUUGACCAUGAGCAAGCACGACUCCUCCAACGAACGCCCAACAAGAAUAGGCAGCCACACCUCUGGAAAAUUGUCAACCGGAACAAGUAUAUCGAUCCAACGGAUUGGGAAUCGACACCCAGUGGCUCUUGGGAAACACCCAUAUGGGAGCACGGCAGGAUCAUCGGACACUGGCUCAACUACCAGUUCGACCCCAAUAUUGGUCCUGAAGAUGACUGGAUGUUUUCCGCGGCCAGAUUCCGUCCCGUGGGAUCUUCAAAGAGAGUUGAACUCCCGUGA